AUGGCCCCGCUGGGCCCCCGCGUGAUGGUGGUGAUGGCGGUGGCGACCCUCGGGGGAGCCAAGGAGGUGGGCGUGGUGAGGUUCCAGACGGGCAGCGUGGCCACUACAGAGUCACUGCUGGACACGGGCCUCGGAGCUCUCCCCACGCUGCGCCAGGCAACGCUGUUGCUGCACCUGAAACUCCGUCGCUUCACCUCACACAUCCCCCUGAUCAACUACGCCGUGGAGGACGCGAACGAGGAGCUCUUUGUGGAGCUGGUGCCCAAGAAGAAGAACAUGCACGUGCAGUGUUGCGGCGGCAUGAUCUCCCAGGCCAUCAAGUUCACUCCCAAGAUGUUCCGAUGGCAACACAUAUGUGUGUCCCUCAACCUGGACACCCGUGUGUUGUACGUCAUCCUCGACGACCUGGUGUGUGUGAGAGAGAGAGAGAGAGAGAGAGAGAGAGAGAGAGAGAGAGAGAGAGAGAGAGAGAGAGAGAGAUCUGUACAUUAUAGGGCCCAGAGUAUUCUUACUUACACGCGUAGCUGCUUCAAGCACAGCACCGGCACUGCAUCUAGAGUGUGUCUUUUAUCCCUUCAGGAGUACCGAAUCGACCUCAAAAUGCCUGGUCCAGGCAUGAGCUCGAGAACUCGGCUGGAGGUGGUCGGCGGCGGCCGUUUGGUGGUGGGCCAGAAGCUGUACUCCCUUGCCGGGGACUUCGUCGUGCUGGAGACCCUGGACGGCGAGGUGGGUGACUGGCGGCUGUACGACACGGCCCUCGAGCCCGUCCAGAUGAAGGAGCUGCUCGCCUGCCGCGAAGUCAGUGACCUGCGGGCGCCGAUAAUCGACUUGGGAAGCGGCCACUUCAAGGUGCUGGGCCACACCACCAGGCGCAACAUAACGCUGGCCGAGAUCUGCAGCGACAGGGUCUCGGGCUUCUACCUGUUCUUCCCGCAGAAGACGGCGUUCAGCAAAGCUUUCUCCUGGUGCCGCAAGCUCAAGGGCAACCUCAUCCUGCCGCAGGAAAACGUCACCAACGCCUACUUAUUUGACCGCUUUGUCAGCUACAAGGACGAGUGUGACGACAUCUGGUCGCACCUCUUCUGGAUCGGCUCCCGCGGGAACCUGACGAGCCUCAAGUGGCAGCGGGUGACGGACGGCGAGCUCGUCACGUGGCACCCCUUCCUGAGGGAGUACCAAAUCGUCACGCAGGAGUUCCAGUGCAUCGCCGUGGUCACCCACGACCCCUACAAGUGGGCGGCGUGCCCCUGCGACAUCGAGAUGUGUGUCGUCUGCAACUUUACCACCCACCCAGAAAUGCGGCUGCGCGGCCUCUGCAGGGACUCCAUCUUCGACAGACUCUUAUCCUUCCGCGACAACAAGGACUACAAGCUGACCUUCGACGGCCUGGCCCACGUGAUGAUGGAGGAGCAGAACGGCACGUGGGUCAUGCGGAGCCGCCUCUACCCAACCCUGAGGGCCCGCAUGGUGGCCCAGUGGGUGGGGCAGUACCCGGUGGGCGUCCACAAGUGGCUCAUCGAGGGUGACAGAUGCCGCCAGAGUGAGGUUGAGCUGCUGCUGACGUCUUGCCACAACAACGAGUACACAUGCAAUGACGGGUCGUGCAUCCAGAAGACCCGCCGCUGUGACCUGAGCGUGGACUGUGACGACCAGAGCGACGAGAUGGACUGCUCGGUGGUGGACGUACCCAAGGGCUAUGCCGCCCAGCUGCCGCCGCCCACCUACAAGGGCACGUCGCUGCCCAUCUUCUUCGCCAUCAACAUCACUUCGGUGAGGAGGUUCGACUUGGCGUCCUUCACCAUCGCCAUCGACGCGUACAUGAGGAUGCAGUGGAGGGACCGCCGCCUCCAGUACAACAACCUGCUGGCCAACCUGCGGGCCAACAAGCUGCGGGAGUGGCGGGAGGUGUGGACGCCGCAACUGGAGGUGGAGGACGGUACUAAGAGCGCCGUGGAAGCAACGACACACUCUCGCGCAGCCUACGUGGUGCAGAACUCUCUGCCGCUGCCCGACGAUGACACCACCAUCAGGGAAGACGUCGACUACAGCGGCGAAGACAACCCGCUGGUGUACGUGGACGAGGCGACGCUCACCUUCAAGUGUUAUUUUGAGCUCAUGAUGUACCCGUUCGACCGCCAGCGCUGCUCCAUUAGGUUCAAGAUCCAGGACCUGACGGAGGAGUUCGGAGUGCUGGUGCAGGACGGGCCGGGUGUGUCAUAUAUUGGGUCGAGGCGCCUCCUAGAGUACACCCUCUACACCGAGUCCUACAAAAACUACACCCUCGAUGAGAUCAGUCACGUCCAGAUCAGUCUUGAGUUCCGCAACCAGUACAGUUACUACAUCAGCAAUACCUUCCUGCCCAGCCUCAUCCAGGUGAUCAUCGCCCUGGUGACGCUGCACUUCGAUCUGGCGGACUUCCAGGACCGAAUCAUGGUAUCCCUGACGUCCCUCCUUGUGCUGGCGACCUUCUUCACGCAGACCAGCCAGAACAUCCCCAAGACCUCCUACCUCAAGCUCAUCGACGUGUGGUUCGUGGCGCUCAUCUUCGGGGACUUCUGUAUCAUCAUGUCGCUGGUGUACGUGGAGACCCUGAGACUGAAGGAGACACAGCAGGUCGGGGGCAGCAUCAAGGUCUUCCCCUACGUCCCCGGCAGCAGCAAUAAGCCCAUGCCCUACGCCUUCGAGUCUAAGGCCGCGCGGUGCAAUAGAAUGUUCAUAAAACUGUUCAGGGGAGCCAUUGCGAUCAUGCUCCUGUGUUUCGUGCCCACUUGUAUGCAGGCUAUACUGGCACCUUGAGGCAGUAGUAGUAGUAGUAGUAGUAGUACGGUAACUCUCGAUUUACGCGAGUAUUGUGUCCUUGAAGAGGUGGCGUAAAUCAAAAACAAUGUAGUAAAUCAAACAAGAGGUAGGUUUGUACCUUUAUUGCCUACUGUAUCACUCUGACUCCUCUCCCUCUCGUGGCUCCUCCUCUGGCUGCCCUUCCCCUCGUGGUAGCACAGCAGCGAGGGUGUUGUUGUUGUUGUUGAGUAGCGUGGCAGCGUGGCUACUGUAUUGUUGUUCAAGUGGCGCGCGGGAAGAACUGAGCUCAGCUGUGUGGCCGCGGCGCCGUGUGAGUCCAGUUGCGUGAGACAUCUGGUGGCCACUCCAUAAAAUAUCGCGUAUAAGUGAAAAAUACGUGAAAAAUAAACGUUUAUUUGGAUUUUAAACACAGAGUUAUUUAAAAAAACGCGUAAACAAAAUUUGCGUAAAUCGAGUGUUACCUGUAGUAGUAGUAGUAGUAGUAGUAGUAGUAGUAGUAGUAGUUGUAGUAGCAGCACCAAAGAAUUGUUGACGGAAGGAGUAAUGAAGCACCACUAACCUAACCUGUCCUCAGAGAAUGUUCAGUGACAAGGCAACAGUCAAUAUAGGAAUCAUAGGUCCAUAUUCUUCACCUUAUCAAGCUCCCAUUAUGACUAUUCUCCAAGGCCAUAGAGAAGGUUAACCAGGUUUCCAUGGGUCAUUCUACUCCAUUCAAGAUGCAGAGGGAGGGUAAAACUGUCCUUGGGGUCACAAAACAGUCCAUGAAAUUCCCAGGAACUUAUACAACGAGAGGCUUUUCAA